ACGAGCUUAAGCCCGUCAUUCCUCCGCAAACCAGCGCUUGCGCUCCUCCACCUGAGGGGAUAGGACGCCGUCUGCCGGCCCCACCCUGACGUAGGCACGACGGCAGCUUUGUCCCGUCUGAACGACAAGCCUCCUGGGGCGGAUGCCGUGAUGUGACAAUACGGAACGGGAGCGAGUGUUCCCUGCCACGUGACCGCCCGCGCCUGCCUCCCACCUACCGUCUUUCUCCAAGGCGACGAAGACGCAGUGCGGCUGUGCUGGCGCAGGGGACGGGCUGCGGUCGCCGUGCGAAGGGAGCCAUGGGGGAAGGGGCAGACUGCAGCGAGGCACUGGGCUUUGAGCGGAUUGCGCUGGACCUGGGGCAGGAGAAACAGAUGAAAGAAGUGCUAGAACUUUCAGUAUUUGAAAUGAAAAGUACAGUAGCAGAACUGGAGAAAAGACUUAACAGUGUUGAGGAUGAAGACAGUGAAUGGAAAACCAGAUAUGAAACCCAAAUAGAAUUAAAUAGACAAUUAGAGAGGCAAAUUGGUCUUCUCCAAGGAAAGAUGGAGCAUGUUCGUGGUAGCCCAACAGACAGAUUGGCUUCCGUUCGCUCCUUUGAUCAAAUGCAUGUGGAUUCUUUAAAUCAGUUUCUUAAAAAACUGGGAGAGGAGAAGAAAAGUCUCCAGAACCAGCUGAAAGAUUAUGAGCUUAGAUUGGAACAAGAAGCAAAGGCUUACCAUAAAGCUAAUGAUGAACGCCAUGCAUACUUAGCAGUGAUUUCACAAAUUUCAGGAUCAGUGAAACUGUCAGAGAGGCAGAAAAUGGAUGCAGUAGAAAAAAAGAAGGAAAACCAGCGUAUGCGAGGAAGGUGCAAUAUUCCAAGAAAUCAACGAAUAUUGGACCCAAAGAAAGGACCAAUUAAAAAGACUGCAGGAGUGAAGCAUCUUCCAAAACUGAAGCUCUGAUUUCUUAUUCCAGGGUUUUCUAUUCACUUGUUUUUUCUUUCCCCCAAUAGGAAUUGUAGCAACAUGGAAAGUAUUAUUUUGAGAAAGAAUAUAUUAUAAGUAAGCCCCCCUCAUCCUAAUCACACUUAGGAACGAACAAGCCUGAAUGACUGUUGUAGAUUUGCAUAUAAAGAUAUGUGCAUCACCUGUUCGAUUCAUGACAUAUUCAAUGUAUAUCAAUGUACUGAAAAAACCUGGUGAAGUCUGCAGUUUAUUGCAGGGUCUCCUCAUUAGUCCUUCACUUCCAGGGUGCUUCCAGAUAUGUGUGAUUUUAGCAGCAACUAAUCAUUACUAUUCCACUUCAAGCUGAAUAGCAACUGCUGCCAGACCCCUAGAAUCUAAACUACAUUCCAUAGACAGGUGGACAUUGCUUGUUCUCACCAGACCCAAAUGUUGUGAGGGAGGCAUUUUUUGUUGAGACACCAGCAAGGGGGGGGGUUAAAGGAAAUGGCUGGAGCAAUCUAUAACCAGCUUAAAAAGCAAUGGAACAACUUGGAGCGUUUGCACAGCUGUCUUGUUGGAUUAAAGAAGUUUGGAUUGCUGAAGUCCUGGGAAAAAAGCUUCUCACGUCCCUGGAGUCCAGCCAUGAACAAGAGACCAAGUCACUGAGGCUUCAGUGCCACUGGCUGAGGAGCUGGACCAGAUUCCUGGCUCUGACCCUGGUGUUGGUGAUUAGAAGACCACUGAACCGAAUCCCGCAGCACCAGGCCUGUAGAACCAGAAUCUGCACAAGUGCAAGCUGCUCACUAGGGGCUCUCCUUGGUGCUACAACAAUCAACCUGUCUUGCCCCACCGGCUCCUUCUUGGGACUAGAACAGGACAAAGUUGAGUGGGGGAAAUGGGGGAGGAGGAUGGCUUGCUCACAACCACAUGCAGAUGUUGCCCCCCCAUCCCCAAAAUGGGACAUCUAAAAGUUAAGCCAUGUUUACAACACUGGUAACUUUCCCACUAUUUUGGUCAAGUAUUAUAGAAUGUCCUCUAGCAUUGUGUUGCUGCCACUGCUCCAGCAUAACCGGUGACAGCAGCAAAGAGAAUUUUUCUUUUGAAUAGCAUCUGGCUGAGCUUUUCCAGGUGGUUCAGAGUCUAACAAGGAAGAUGACUCAUCCAUUACUUGCAGUGACAAUUUUGCUGUCUUCAGUAUUAUUUGGAGACUGCUGUUGGCAGUGAGUCUAUACUGAAUGUAUUUAAUGCAUCCACUUGUUGCAAUUUCUAGUUGUCCUGAAAAUGUUGACAUAGGACCAAGUCAGACCUAUUGGUCCAUGUGGUUCAAUACUACACUGGCAGUGGCUCUUUCCAGGGUUUUAGGCAAGGGUAUUUCCCAGCCCUGCCUGGAGGUACUAGGGAUUGAACCUUUUUCAUGCAGAGCAUGUGCUUUGUGCACCGAGUUAAGACAAGGUGCAAGAUGAUGUGAAGAUUACCAUCUGUGCUUUAAAUCUUUGUUCAUCAUGGCUGUGAAGCCCAACCAAGAGGAUUUUGGUGGGCCGCUGGCUAGAAUUAUAAGCACCUCCUUGGAAGAAGAUUGAGUCCUGCCUGUUUUAAAAGAAAGAAACUUGUCCCCUUGUUUUUUAAAAACAUAUUUGAACAAGGAGGAACUAGCCAAUUAUAGGCAGUUGCUCAACUUUAUCUUUUUGAGUAAGUUUUGUGGAGUGGUAGAGCAACUGCAGGGAUGCUUGGAUGAAGCAUACUUCCUCAACACUUUUCAAUCUAACUUUGGAGACAUGGUUUUGAGAUAAAUACAGCCCUGGUCUGCCUCUGGGGAUGGACAGAAAUGCUUUCUUGCUUAUCUUGUUGGAUAUUUUAGUGGCUUUUGAUACUGUAAGACACACCUUUUUUUUAAUUGUUUAGAGCAUUGGGUCACGGUGUUGGCACUUUCUGGUGGUUGUAUUUCCUUUUCUUACUUUUUGUAGCCACUGGGAAAGAGUGGCCUGCCCUCUCAGGAUUGGUGUUGGAUGUUCUGCAAAGUUUAAUGUUUUCACCUGUGAUAUUUAAUAAAUGUAUGAAUUUGAUGAGAGAGAUCAUUUUGAUGUCAUCAGUA